UGAAAAUCCUUCCAGAAAGCACCCGCAGCUUUUCCAGCAUGGGGUGAAAAACAUGCAGUUGAAAAUAUGGCCACUUUUCAUCGUGGCCACCUUGCUGGAUUCUUGCAAAAGCAGGGCAUGGCGACCUCGACUGAACCGGUUCCCCAGACAUGCCGUGCUGGUGGACAAGAAGCCCGACACUCGAGAGCCAGAGCCAGCUUUGUGGAAUCAUCAGAUCAAUCUCGGCGGUCAGAUGAAACAAUGUGAACUUCGUGAUGCUUCAAAUCGAGAUGACGACAUGCUCAAGGAGGAGGUUGCGGCUCGUUGGGCACCUUUGAGACAUCGUUGCCACGCCUGGCGCCGAAAGGUUGAAGACACUGAAGGAACCUCAUCAACCCAAAUACCUUGGUCAUAUCGAAUUUGCUUCAACAGCGAUGCCGUCUCCUGGGCACCAAAACCAUGGCUUCAGCGCAUCGACUUAGGCUGGUACAAUGCAAGCUUGGACGAAGAUCAUGCCAAUGGCUCGCUUACACUCCACUAUGUGAACAGCAUCACUCGCAGCGAACUCGCAGUGCAAUGUCAUUGCGGCCAGGGCCCGGAAAUCAUUUCCUGGAGGGGCGGCUUCAAUCACACCUUGGAGCUGCUACUUCCCACUUGCUGCCGGCUCCGGGUCGAAGCUGGUGAGUCGAUGUCUGUGCAGGAGAUCUUCCAUUGGUUGCUGGCACCGGUGGCCCGUUUGGACUUGCCCUGCUUGGGCCAGAAGCGUGGCCGUUGGGACUACACGCUGUGCUUUAGCGGGAACAUCUCACAGGCUACGCUUAGCCGCGUUCCAUCUACGAGUGAACGGAAGGCCAUGCGCGAGGUGUUGCUGGGAGGUCCUGCUGACGAGGUGCCACGGUUGGUGGCUGCGGAGCCAGUGGUUCCUGGACAGCCGGUGGAGACAGGUUUGGGUUCGUCAGAUGAUGGGAAUGCUCAGUGGGCUACGGUACCUGCGAUGUUGUCCGAGGCCUUGGGCUCAAAGCACAAGGCCUUGGAGCUUGAGCUCUCUGAGGGCCAGGACUGCCUAGCUGCAAAUGGCACCCGCAAGCAUCGAACCCGCCUGCGGUGGCUUUGCCCAGCAACCUGGCGCUCCUUCGCACCUGACCGCGAUGGAGGUCAUACAGCGCUGCUGGCGGUGGAGCGGCCCACAGGUUGCGACUGGGUUGCCUGGAUUGCCUCCACGCUGCUUUGCACUUGGCGGCCCCUGCGGCCUCGAGCCAGCGUGGUGCGGCAGCUGAGCUGCCGGUCGGAAAAGGGACAGAGAGACGUGGCCAAGCCGGAGGAGCUAAUCAAGCGGGAGUCGGCUGUGCGACCUGCUGCGCCAAAGCUGCCGGCAGCUUUUGAAGAGCACACAGAUCGGAGUGGUAUCCUUUACCAUGUGGGGCAGCGGGUGGUGGUGCUUUCUGACGGGACAGAAGGCAUCAUUAUUGCUUGGGACAAGACGCCUCGAGCAGAUUUGUUGGCCUUGCGAUUGGACGAUGAUGACAUGUCACAGUCCCCGCACUUUCUUCUAGCCGCUGUGCGAGGGCAUUUUCCAGCAACCGGCGCGCUGGCCCACGGGGCAGUGGAUGUCCCUGGUCACGUGGCUUACAUCGCGCAGGAAGACUUGGUUUUGUUGUCUGGAGACUUUGAACCAGGCCAGCUUCCUCCUGGUUUUGCUAAAUAUUUUGAUGAGUCAGGGCGACCUUUGACAUGGUUGGCAAAGUUUUAUCCAGCCGAUCAAUGGUUUGGAGGUGCAGGCGGUGCAUACCCUUCUCUCGCGCAAGAAUCAGCUGAGAUGCCAUGGCAAGACCGGGUACAAGAUGUACUUGUGCUGCCCUCACUACCCAGAGUUGUCCAUAUGUCAAUGCAGGAUAUGUUAGUGGACUGAGCAAUUUGAGUAGUUUGGAAAGAUAUGUUUCGGUUUUUUGAAGACUUGUUCAUUAAAAAGAACAGUUGCUGCAUAACAAUGAAGCCAGGCUUGGCCACAGAAAUUGUCAAACCAGUUGGCAUGUGAAACUUGCAAGACGGACGAAGCCCGGCCUGUAGCUAUUUUAUCCUGUCAUGUAAGAUAUGUUGUUGUUGUUGUUGCUGUUGUUGUUUGUGAAGGGGAAUAGUGGCGCC